AUGACAAGAGAAUGGGCCCUGCUCUUGUCCACACUGCUCUGUGGCCUGGCUGGCCCCACACACCUCUUCCAGCCGAGCUUGGUGCUAGACAUGGCCAAGGUCCUCCUGGAUAACUACUGCUUCCCGGAGAACCUGAUGGGGAUGCAGGAAGCCAUCGAGCAGGCCAUCAAGAGUCGCGAGAUCUUAGGUAUCUCAGACCCUCAGACACUGGCCCAUGUCCUGACGGCCGGGGUACAGAGUUCUUUGAAUGACCCUCGCCUGGUCAUCUCCUAUGAGCCCAGUGCCCUCAUGGCUCCCCAGCAGGUGCCAGCACUCACCCACCUCACACAAGAAGAACUGCUUGCUCAACUGCAGAAAGGCAUCCGCCACGAUGUUCUGGAGGGCAAUGUGGGCUACCUGCGAGUGGACGACAUCCCGAAUCAGGAAGUAGUGAGCAAGCUGGGGGGCUUCUUAGUGGAAAAUAUCUGGAGAAAGCUUAUGGGCACCUCUGCCUUGGUGCUGGACCUCCGACACUGCACUGGGGGCCACGUUUCCGGCAUCCCCUAUGUCAUCUCCUACCUGCACCCAGGAAACACGAUUCUGCAUGUGGAUACCAUCUACGACCGCCCCUCCAAUACGACCACUGAGAUCUGGACCUUGCCCCAGGUCUUGGGGGAGAGGUACAGUGCUGACAAGGAUGUGGUGGUUCUCACCAGUGGCCACACUGGAGGAGUGGCUGAAGACAUAGCAUACAUUCUCAAACAGAUGCGCAGGGCCAUUGUGGUGGGUGAGCGGACCGUUGGGGGGGCCUUAGACCUCCAGAAGCUGAGGAUAGGCCAGUCUGACUUCUUCCUCACUGUGCCUGUGUCCAGGUCCCUGGGGCCCCUGGGCGGGGGCAGCCAGACAUGGGAGGGCAGUGGGGUGCUGCCCUGUGUUGGGACACCAGCAGAACAGGCCCUAGAGAAGGCCCUGGCCAUUCUCACCCUGCGCAGAGCCCUGCCGGGAGUCAUGCGGCGCCUACAGGAGGCCCUGCAGGACUACUACACACUGGUGGACCGCGUGCCGGCCCUACUACAUCACCUGGCCAGCAUGGACUUUGCCGCAGUGGUCUCUGAGGACGAUCUGGUCACUAAGCUCAACGCUGGUCUGCAGGCUGUGUCCGAGGACCCCAGGCUCCUGGUGCGAGCCAUUAGGCCCAGGGAAACCUCUUCUGGGCCCGAGGCUGGAGCUGACUACCCCCCAGAGGUGGUCCCAGCAGUGCCAGAGGAUGAGAUUGCCCGGCAGGCCCUAGUGGACUCCGUUUUCCAGGUGUCGGUGCUUCCAGGAAACGUGGGCUACCUGCGCUUCGACAGGUUUGCAGAUGCCUCUGUGCUAGGGGCAUUGGGCCCAUACAUCCUGCACCAGGUAUGGGAGCCCCUGCAGGACACGGAGCACCUUAUUAUGGACUUGCGCCAGAACCCUGGGGGGCCGUCCUCUGCUGUUCCUCUGCUUCUGUCCUACUUUCAGGGUCCUGACUCCGGCCCGGUGCGCCUUUUUACCACCUACGACCGCCGCACCAAUGUCACACAGGAGCACUUCAGCCGCACGGAGCUGCUAGGCCAGCGCUAUGGCUCCCAGCGUGGGGUGUACCUGCUCACCAGCCACCGCACCGCGACUGCUGCUGAGGAGCUAGCCUUCCUCAUGCAGUCACUGGGCUGGGCUACGCUGGUAGGUGAGAUCACGGCGGGCAGCCUACUGCACACCCACACGGUGCCCCUGCUGGAGACGCCGGAGAGUGGCCUGGUGCUCACUGUGCCCGUACUCACCUUCAUCGACAACCACGGCGAGUGCUGGCUGGGUGGUGGAGUGGUGCCCGAUGCCAUCGUGCUGGCUGAGGAGGCUCUGGACAAAGCUCAGGAGGUGCUAGAGUUUCACCGCAGCCUGGGGGCCUUGGUAGAAGGCACAGGACGCCUGCUGGAAGCUCACUAUGCACGCCCAGAGGUUGUAGGGCAGACAGGAGACCUGCUUAGAGCCAAGCUGGCCCAGGGGGCCUACCGCACAGCUGUGGACCUGGACUCCCUGGCCUCUCAGCUCACAGCCGACUUGCAGGAGAUGUCUGGGGACCAUCGUCUGCUGGUGUUCCAUAGCCCCGGUGAUCUGGCAGCAGAGGAGGUGCCUCCACCACCCCCCGCCAUUUUUUCCCCAGAGGAGCUCUCCUACCUCAUCGAGGCCCUUUUUAAGACAGAGGUGCUGCCUGGCCAGCUGGGUUAUCUGCGUUUUGAUGCCAUGGCCGAGCUGGAGACAGUGAAGGCCAUUGGGCCACAGCUGGUACAGCUGGUGUGGCAGAAGCUGGUGGACACAGCUGCACUGGUUGUCGACCUGCGCUACAAUCUUGGCAGCUACUCCACAGCUGUGCCCCUACUCUGCUCCUAUUUUUUUGAGGCAGAGCCCCGCCAGCACCUUUAUUCUGUUUUUGACAGGGCAACCUCGAGGGUCACAGAGGUGUGGACCCUGCCCCAGGUGGCUGGCCAGCGCUACGGCCCCCACAAGGACCUCUACAUCCUGAUAAGCCACACCAGUGGGUCAGCCGCUGAGGCUUUUGCUCACACCAUGCAGGACCUGCAGCGAGCCACCGUCAUUGGGGAGCCCACAGCUGGGGGAGCGCUCUCUGUGGGCAUCUACCAGGUGGGCAGCAGCCCCUUAUAUGCCUCCAUGCCCACACAGAUGGCCCUGAGUGCCAGCACUGGCGAGGCCUGGGACCUAGCAGGGGUGGAGCCUGACAUCACUGUGCCCAUGAGUGAGGCCCUCUCCACAGCACGGGACAUAGUAGCCCUGCGCGCCAAGGUGCCCACUGUGCUGCAGACAACUGGGAAGCUGGUCGCCGACAACUAUGCCUCUCCUGAGCUGGGGGCCAAGAUGGCUGCCAAACUGAGCCGUCUGCAGAGCCGCUACUCGAGGGUGACCUCAGAAAGCGCCCUGGCUGAGAUGCUGGGUGCUGACCUGCAGGUGCUGUCUGGGGAUCCACAUCUGAAGACAGCUCAUAUCCCUGAGGAUGCCAAGGACCGCAUUCCUGGGAUUGUACCCAUGCAGAUCCCUUCCCCUGAAGUUUUUGAAGACCUGAUUAAGUUUUCCUUCCACACUAACGUGCUCGAGGACAACAUUGGCUACUUGAGGUUUGACAUGUUUGGAGACUGUGAGCUACUCACCCAGGUCUCAGAGCUGCUGGUGGAACAUGUCUGGAAGAAGAUUGUACACACGGAUGCCAUGAUUAUUGACAUGAGGUUCAACAUUGGUGGCCCCACCUCCUCUAUCUCUGCCCUGUGCUCCUACUUCUUUGAGGAAGGCCCUCCCAUUCUGCUGGACAAAAUCUACAGCCGGCCCAAUGACUCUGUCAGUGAGCUCUGGACUCACUCUCAACUUGCAGGUGAACGCUAUGGCUCCAAGAAGAGCAUGGUCAUACUGACCAGUGGUGUGACAGCCGGCGCUGCGGAGGAAUUUACAUACAUCAUGAAGAGGCUGGGCCGGGCACUAGUUGUUGGGGAAGUGACCAGUGGGGGCUGCCAGCCUCCACAAACCUACCAUGUGGAUGAUACCCACCUCUACAUCACCAUCCCCACAGCUCGCUCAGUAGGGGCUGCAGACGGCAGCUCCUGGGAAGGGGUGGGCGUGGUGCCCCACGUGGCUGUCCCUGCAGAAGCAGCCCUCACCAGAGCCAAGGAGAUGCUCCAGCACACUCUGAUGAGGGUCCGGCGGAGUCCAGGCCAGCAGGGCCCCCAAGAGGGCCUCCGUGGGCAGAGCCCCAGGGUGAGCGGGAUCUCUGGGCCACACAUCAUGGACGCUAAGGCACCUCAGGCACGUGGUCCUGCAUGA